GGUUUGUUCCCUACUGUUGGGGCUUGGUACAGAGAGUGGCGAGAGGUCUUGUUGGUGUGACGCUUUGCAUGUGAGUGUCAGAGGGAAGGCUGCUGGCGCUGCUCAUACAGGAGCUCUAGAGCGUUUGGAGGUCGGCCACGGUCACCUACACAGAAUCUGGCAUCUGGGAUUCAGAGCACGACGACCGACUCAGGGAAAACAACUGGAAGAAGAAGUCAGUCGUGAGAGGCAGCAGGAGCCUGGUGCUGAGGCUGGUAUGAGAGAAGGAGGCUGUGGAGCUGUCUGGGUGUGAGUGAGCACCCUCUAGUGGAUCUGCUGAAAAGCUGUCCUGUGUCUCUUUCGAACCAUCAGCAUUUCAAGAGGUCUAUGGUCCAGCGUUGAGCAGAGACCAUGUGGUGUUUGGAGCUGCUCUUACCUCUGCUGUUGAUCAUCAAGGAUGCCAGUUGCCAGUGGAAUGUAUGGGUACCUCGGGAUAUUUCAGCCAUGACUAAUUCCUGUGUGGUCAUCCCGUGCACCUUCAUGUAUCCCUCUGGCAUCAGGCCGUACCGCGGCACUCACGGUAUCUGGUACUUUGGCCAGCCCUACCCUCAGCUCUUCCCUCCUGUAGUCUUCAAAUCACGUACAGACAUUGUGCAUGAGAGCUACAAGGGCCGUACCAAGCUUCUGGGUGAUCUCAACCAGAGGAACUGCACUCUGCUCAUCAACAACAUUGGCACAGAACACUCAGGGAGAUACUACUUUCGUGCAGACCUUGGUGGAGCCAACAUGUAUACUUACCCAGACUUCGCUGAGCUAAAAGUUCUGGAUCAGCCCAACAUUGACGUCCCAGAGGAGAUCGUCAGUGACGAGAGCCUGGAGCUGACAUGCUAUGCUCCUGAUAACUGCCCCGACAUGACUCCAGAGAUCCAGUGGAUGUACACAGACUACCUGCCUGACCCAGAGUUCAGCAAUGACUACCUAGAGGAGAGCAACACAGCGGUACUCUCCAAUACCCUCACCUUCACUCCCAGACCAAUGCACAACGGACAGCUUCUAGGCUGUAGAGUCUACUACCCUAACACCACCCUGGUCUACGAGAGACUCAUCUCUCUAGAUGUCAAGUAUGCUCCACGCUCGGUGUGGGUGAACGUCUCUUCAGAGGUGAUGGAGGGCAGCUCUGUGACACUGCACUGUGAGGUGGACAGUAACCCUCUUCCCAGGAUUGCCUGGAUGUUUGGAGACGAGGAGCUGCUGUGGGACACGGCGUCAAAUGUCUCCCUCUCUCUGGAUGAUGUGACGCCUGCACAGGAGGGAGUUUAUACUUGUAUAGGAGACAACGGCUAUGGAGUCAUGAACACCUCAAUGUACCUGGCUGUCAAGUACCCUCCCCGUGAACCCGUGGUAAAUGACUCCAUGACAGUAGUAGAGGGCACCUCGCUGACCCUGCACUGCAGCACGCAGGGAAACCCGGCUCCGACACUCACCUGGCUGAAGGAUGGGGAGCUGGUGGGCACCAUCACAGCUGACGAGCUGUCAGUGCUGGAGAUCAAGGAAAUGACACCGCAGGGAGAUGGACAGUACCGCUGCCUGGCAGAGAACGAGCACGGACGAGCCAGCAGCUCCCUCAACAUCACCGUUGAGUAUGCGCCGGUCCUUCUGGAUGAGUCGAAGUGCACGGUGGUGAGGGAGGGUGUCCAGUGUGUCUGCAUCGCCACAGGAAACCCUGAACCCACCAUCGAGUUCUACCUGCCCGACCUGAACGUCACCAUCAACGAAACCGAUGGCCGCUACAACUUCCACACGCACACAGAUGGACACACCUCCACGGGCAUGAUCAAGCUGCGGGAGAAAGGCGAGCGGGUGGACAACGGCGGCCCCGCCGUAAACGUCCACUGCAGCAUCUCCAACAUGUACGGGAGAGAGAGCGUGCUUCUGGAGCUACAGCAGGAAAAAAAGUACAUGAUGGCAGUUAUAGUUGGCACCAUUGGAGGAGUGGCAGUUAUAGCCUUCAUCAUUGCAGCAGUGAGAUACGUCGGACACAACAACAAGAAAGAGAAUGGCAACCCUAGGCAGGACGUGGUCCUGGAGAACCCAGCUUUGUACUACAGCGCAGUCAAGAAGGACAAACAAAAUCUGAGGAAGAAAGUGCUUAAGACAGAGCUGUUGGGCUCAAAGUUUAACUCCAUUCUAGAGGAGACUACGGGAGAAGACGGGGAUUAUCAACCUGUGGGCUCUAUGGCAGGACUGGAGAGGCAAGAGUUGAAUUACGCUGCUUUGGAGUUUUUUGGGGCCAGGCCCAGGGAGGGGGCUUCAGGGAGGGGGGAUGACGGCAGCAACUACACGGAAAUCAAAGCCAAAUGAAUCGCGAUCCUUCCCUGAUCCCUCGGCUAUGCGAGAUGCAGUGGCAGUCCCCUAUGGUACACAUCCUCUGCCCUAUGAACUGUGUAGUAACCCCCGUCCUCUACUGGAUUUCCCCAUGCAUAUGAUGACUCCUUGUUUCUCAUUCCUUCAGAUUUGUCACAUACUAUGUAAUAUACUGUUCUAUGCCAAGUACUUCCCUCUUGUGCUGCCCCUCCUCCAUUGGACACCCCUUCAUACACCACCUUUAGGAAAAACUGAUUUUGUGGAGUUGGAGCAAGACCCACUGGACAAUGUAAAGCAAAUUAUUUUAGUUUUAAGCCUUAGUUGUAGUACACUGUCUCUACAACAUACAGUGUUAACUAGUGACCAUGUUUUUAUUGCUUUCACCAUGUGAUUGUUAGAUCAGAUAGUGAGACACAUACGUGUCUCACUAUCUGAUCUCCAUCUGUCUUGUUAACUGUCACUGUGUCUGCUGCCAGUCGAAGCAUCAGGGCAAGGGGUAACCGUGCUUUUUGUUCUCUUAUCUUUAUGUGUGUUUAUCGUCCGAGAGCAAACCCUCUGCUCUUUUUCUAUUGGUUAAUUACAUCCUGAGAAGAUAGGCGAUGAGGGCGAGAGACGGAAACACAUGUCUCUAUGUAACUGUACUUGAUGUGCACUGUAGCCUCUCGAACUAAAUUGGGGGAAAAUAAUGUCACUUUUGAUAACUAUUGAAAAGGUUUCACAAAUUUAAGUGACUCGCUGUCCACUUUGAAAAGACGCCCCCAGCAUUUUCCAUUCAAGUGUAGAAUCUGUAUUUCCUGCACUGAGGCCAAUGCGAAAUGUGUUCUUCUUCAUGUCCCUUUUAGAGCGUGUGUUUCUUUCAAAUACUUUCUAGGUAUAAAAUUCCGACAGUGAAGUACAAAAUACUUGCUUGUGACUGGCCAACGUGUUAUCUCUUUUAGACAAUUUGUGUGCGUGUGUAUGUGUAUGUGUUUUCAAAUUGUGCUGAAAGAUCACAGGACACUGAUCUCUGGGGUCUUUGGGAAGUUCAUGCAUCGCUUCACUUGAGAGGCUGAUGCUUUGUUUCCACAGGGUUGCAUCACAUGUCUGAACAACAGAAGACGAGGGAUGCUGACUGGCCAGUUGGUUGUGCUAUUUAAAAAGACAUUUGAUGAACCUGUGAUGUAAUAUUAAAGCUCACUAAUAGUCUAACUUGAUACUGAUGGUGUCAAUAAUGCAUUAAUGCUAUGUAUAUUGAUUGGGAAAGUGACACCAAUGUGUACAGUAAAUACUCUGCAUGACAUUUUUGCCAGCGGGCUCAUAGUUGAGUAUUAAACUAUGACAUGUGGCCAUUUAAAAACAGCCUUGUCACACAUCACUCAGCCACUUUGACUGAACACUGUCUUAAUAUAAGCUUAGAAAAGAGCACCCAACCUCUAAUCUCCUGAAGCAAAACCAAAUCAGUGAUUUAUACACAUUGUUAUUCACUGUAAUAGAUAUUGAAUAAAGGAUAAUACUUUAGCUGUGUGUACAUAUUCUUUUUAUUGACUCUUAGUCAUGAACAUCAGUUAAACUGCCAGGCUCACAAGGGCAGAUUUUUAAAGGGACGUAAAGAUAGUAGCAGAUGAAAUGUCCUGGGUUUCCAUUUUUCCACUCAUUUAAAUUCAGUUGUGUGCAUGAAUUGUCAUGAUUUCUAUAGCAGUGAACUUUACUGAUAUCUUUGUCGACUGAUGGCGGACUAGGUGGCUCAUUACUACCAUCCCUUUGAAUGGAUGAAUGAGAAACACUGUCAUGACCUGUAAGGUAGAAAUAUCUCUUUACUGUAAGUCCAGACCAUUUACAACUUACACACACCAAUAUGGACAAAGUCUUGCAGGGCAUAUGCUUCUGUUUUCUUACAAGGGGGCAUGGAAACGCACACUGCAGAUGUAACUGACUAACAUGUUCAGUUAUUUUAAAAGAGACAACCAGCGGCUAACAGUUGUUGUUUUAAUUUGAAAAUCUCAUUUGUAGUAUUCAAUAUUGAUUUUAAUGUAACUUAUGAUAAAUGUUUUUGCUGCCUUAUUCAAUUGACCUUCCAAAAGAAUUUUGUCAACAACUGUGUUGACGGAUGUUGUUAAAAGGCUUCAGUGGAAAGUGAUCUCUUCUUGAUGUUUGAAAUGAAUUUUGAUACACAUGCUCUGACUAUGGCUGUUUAAAUUGUCAUUAUAAUAUUGUGCUGCGCUGGGCCGUCCCAUUUAAAGUGAUUAAUUAGGUUCAUUAAGGCAGCAGUAGGUCUCUAAGAACUGUUUCUAAAUGAUCAGGUCUUUAACUGUUGUAACUCUAGUAGGUAUGAACUUUUUUCUGGAAGGAAUUACAGUAUGAAAACACUAAAAUGAAAGGCACUUUACUGUUAAAUUAUUAAAUCUCAAAGGGAUUUCUCUCCGUGUCAAAACCUAGAGUUUGAAUACAUUCUGUCGACGAAGCCUCAGAAAGUUGUGGGAUAUUUUUUCACAUCAAACAGAACCCAUAAUGCAGUGAGGCGUAUGUUUGAGUGUGUAAACCCCAAGUGACAGCCCUGACAUCUUUGAGCCAACUUCAUGUUAAAUUUGAGCAAAAACAUCAGAAUGAAUAACUUCAGUAGGGCUGCCAGUGUAUUAGUUUCUGAACCCUGAACAUUUUUCUGUUUUAUUGAGAAAACCAAACAAACAAAAACACAGAUUCAGAUUGUCAGUGUUGACUAACCUAAUAUUAAGACAUUGUUCUGUUGAAUUCAUAACGGAGGACUCCAGAUUUGCUGGCUGGCACUUUUAAAAUGCCCGUCUGCAUAAAAGUCAAUAACCACUUCCUUAUUUUUUUAUUUAUAUCUGAAAAACAGAAGUAUCAUAUACGUCUUAACUAAUCCUUUGUCACAGUGUGUUGUAAAGCAAAUCUCUAUGUCUGAUUCUUUCUAGUGUUCACAGUUGUUUUUAUUUUAUUUUUAUUUCUAAAUUUAAGAUUAACAAAAUAAUUCAUAUCACGGUUUUGCAAUACAUUCUGCAAAUGAUUUCAUGGCUUUUGAUUUUUUUCCUGUAAUGAUGUUUACUUUUAUUUUGAGCAAGUCUUCGAUGCCUCAAACAAAUCCAUCUGUCUUUGGUUCCAUGCAAAUAUCAAUAAAAAGAAAACAACGCAAAA